GGUCUGCGCAUGCGCAUUAUCGCGGUGACGACAUACCACCAGCAGCGGAAGGUCCCGAGGACUUAACGUAGCGUUUCUUUAAUUUUAUUUUAGUGGCUAUCUUCAGUCAGACAUUUACUUUUCACUGGUCUAGCAUCAGAUAUGGCCCGUGGGCACCAGAAGUUCCAGUCCCAGCAGAAGAAUGCCAAAAAGCAGGCAGACAUCAAGAAGAGCAAAGGCCAUGACCAGAAGGCAGCAGCUAAGGCUGCUUUAGUAUACACGUGCACAGUGUGUCGGACACAAAUGCCCGACCCGAAGACCUUUAAGCAGCACUUUGAAAGCAAGCAUCCAAAGUCUCCAAUGCCCCCGGAGUUGGUCGAUGUGGAGGCGUAACAGAUUCACCUCUUUCAGUAAGACAGUUGGGGCUGAUUCAGGACAGGCUUCUACAUUUUGCAAUGUUUCAGAUAAAAUAUCUUCAGCACAACUUCAGUUAUUCCUCAUGCUGCUUAAUUUGGUAAUUAAUAUAUGGGUGUUGCAGCAGUACUACUUGCCUGCCUGCCCACCAGGCAGGCAAUAUAUAUAUAUAUAUAUUAUUUUUUUUUUUUUUUUUUUUUGAUUGUAUGCAAUAUUUCUAUCUGAUCAUUUCAAAAUGUUGUGCUCAUAAGCCCAGCUUGUCCAUGGGCUCUACCACCAUUACACCAUCUCAGGGCUCCCACGUUUUCAGGACAAGCGUUGAAUUUUGUAAGAGAAUGAAUUGGCACUGGCCCAGCUGAACAAAGUUGUAAUACUAAAAUGAUGAUUGGAAGCAUCCAAAUCCAAUGUACUACAAAUCCCAUUUUGGAUUUUUGGCUGAAACUAAGUUGUGAUGCGCUAGGGUUGGGUUCCUAAUUAUAGUUUAUUCAUAAUGACUCUGGAGUUCAUAAUGUACUGUACUUUGAAAGACAAAGACAAACUCAUUCUAAACCACUAAUAAUGUGUUCUUUUGAGUAGAUUAAGAUUUACUUCCAAUCUGCACUGACCUCUCUCCUUUCCUUGAUCAUUUAAAGAAUUCCAAGACAGGUCUCUAGUUUUUGUUAAUAUGAAGAAUAUAUCACACAUUGUGCUACACGGGUACUGAAAUUGUGCGUUACAUUUUCCCCUCAGAUUUCCAUGAAAUGUAUCUAGUUCAUGUCCACUGUGUAACUUUCUCAUGUGCAAGUUGUAAAAGUUGACCAGAGAGGGCGCUGCAAGUCUACUCAUAGUGAACCCUUCCAUGACACAAUUUCUCCAACUCCUCAUAGAGCAAUGUGAUGACUGCAUAAAGCAUUUGUUUGCAAAUGUUUGUUGAGUGAAUCAGGGUGAAGAGAAGUUUUCACUGGAUGUUGUAAAUGAUGGCACUAUUGAGACACUUCUGUCCUAUCCAGGUUUGUCGUUGUAAAAAGACGUACGUGGCAUAAUCGUGUUCACUACAGUAGUAUUUGAUAACGAUUUAGUUCAUCACAAUUGUGGAACCACCAGUCGUCUCAGUGGCAUGUGAAUACGAUCCCAAGUGCAGUCUCAAACUCUUUAGUGUUAUUCCCUCAUGAUGGUGCAAAAGUAUUUAGACUGAACUACAUGACACUGUAAGUUAGCGUUGGUUCUUAUUUUUCUAUUAGUUCUUUUCAUAGCAUGCUAACAGACAGAGAAUUAAUUUAUAGAAAUGAAAUAUUUUCAAUACAUUUGGACCGACUGGUUAUUAACCACUGACAUUGUAUCACUGUGCUAAAGUCUGGACUGACAACCAGCCAUGUUUUUACUUUUGUAUUAAUAAUCAUAUCUUUGUCCACGCAAUGCUAUGUAUAGCUUUUAAUAAAGGUGUUACUUUUACUA